GUCACUCAUCGUCGCCUACUUUCACUCGCACAGCCACAGCCGCGCCGCCCACUCGCCCCGGCACCUUCAUUGGCUCGUCUGCCAAGUCAGAGCCGUGGUCUUGCAUCAUACCCAACGCUAGAGCUUCCACACUCAACGGACCGAUCAACGUUUCUACCAGACUCGUGUAGCCGUCACCCACGAGCAUCAAUCCUUCCGUCGCACACACUCCGGGCCUCGCACGCUGAAGCCUCCACAUCACAGCCAAGAUGAGUAAGGUCGUAAGAAGCGUGAAGAACGUCACGAAGGGCUACUCGGCCGUCGAAGUCAAGGUCCGCAAUGCCACCAGCAACGACCCGUGGGGUCCGGUGGGCUCAGACAUGGCCGAAAUCGCCCAGAUUACCUUCAACAACUCGACAGAUUUCUACCAGGUCAUGGACAUGCUGGACAAGCGACUGAACGAUAAGGGAAAGAACUGGCGUCACGUCCUGAAGUCCCUCAAGGUCCUCGACUACUGUCUGCAUGAGGGCUCCGAGCUGGUCGUAACAUGGGCGCGCAAGAACAUCUACAUCAUCAAGACGCUGCGAGAGUUCCAGUACACCGACGAGGAUGGCCGCGACGUUGGCCAGAAUGUGCGAAUGGCCGCGAAGGAGCUCACCUCGCUGAUCAUGGACGAAGAACGAUUGCGCGCCGAGCGAGCCGAUCGGAAAUCGUGGAAGUCGCGCGUCACCGGCAUUGAAGAAUACCCUGGAAACCACGCUGCAGGACACGGCGAGGGGUCUCACAGGCCGCGACGAGAGGGCGGAAACGCGCGGCCGCGCCGCGACGACGAGGACCUUGAAUUCAAGCUCGCUCUUGAGGCCAGUAAGAACGAGGCUGAGGAGGAGAAGAAGCGCAGGCAACGGACCGCCGCCCCUGACGACGAUGACGACCUCGCCAAGGCGAUCAAGCUCAGCAAGGAAGAGGAGGAAUUGCGCAGGCGGGAGCUGGAGCAGACUAAUGCCGACCUGCUUUUCGGCGACGCGCCCGCGCAGCCCCAGGCGAAUGCAUACCAGCCGACUGGCAACAACCAGGGAUAUCAGCAGCAGGGCCAGGUCGAUUGGUUUGGCAACCUGAUGGACCAGCAACAGCAACAGCAACAGCCCCAGAACACCGGUUUUCUCAACAACGCCUACUCUCAGCCUACUGGCAUGCAGCCGCAGCAGACAGGCUUCCAGAAUGGCUAUGGCGGCUACGGUCAGGGAUUCCAGCAGCAGCCCCAGCAGCCUGGCUUCGAUCAGUUUGGCCAGCAGCAGCAACAGGCGCAGUAUAUGCAGCCUCAGCAGACUUCGUUCAACAUGAGCAACCCCUACAGCCAGUUUGGCGGUGGAAUGGGCCAGCAGCAGCAGCAACAGCAACAGCAACAGCAGCCUCUUCAAGAGCAGAACACCCUACAGCCCGGUACCCACAACCCGUGGGCAAGCAACAACCAGCAGGAGGCUUUGAUGCCCCAGCCCACUGGUUCUAAUAACCCGUUCGCUCAGGGCUUCAACCGACCCCAGACUGCGACACAAGCAGCGCGCGUCCCCUCGCUCAACACUCUGCAGGAGCAGAAGACUCAGACGCAGUUCAACAAUACAUCGUUCAACCCUCCGGUUUCAUUCUCGACGCCCCAGCCGCAGCAACAGCAGCAACCCCAGAAAGAGAUGGAUCCUCACACCGCGAGGCUCAACACCCUUCUCGCAACAGGAGAAGGUCAAGAUACAUUUGGAAAUGUUGGCAACCUUCGUCUACCGGCCCAGCACACAGCACCCGGCACCUUCGUCAAUUCGGCCGGUGCAGGCUUGAACCGCAUCAACGCAAACGCAACCGGCAACAACCCCUUCCUCAACUCUCAGUUCACUGGGAUGCCUCAGCAGAAUCGCAUGAUGCCAGCGCAGACAGGACCGGCAGGAAACUUUGGCGGCAAUCCUUACGGCGGCCAGAGCGCGAAUCCAUUUGGCGCCCCACAGCAGCAGCAGCCGAGGUCUCAGGGAGGCAACAACUUAAUAGACCUGUAAAGGCUGCGCGGAGGAUGGCUCAUGUGGACUGGGUUUUCUUGUUUGAUAUUUGAAUUGGAGCGUCGCCCUAUAUCUGAUUUCGUUUCGUUUGGGGCUGCCGCAAGGCGGUGGGGAUAGCUAAAAGCUUCUCAUGGUUCAUGAUAGGACGGGCGGUUUCGCAGAGGCUAUGUGAUUCCCGUUGCAAUGGUCUGACUCCUGCAUCAUCGGCAUAGGUGGUGCUUUGAUAGGCUCGUGGUCUUGGGCGGUAGCAAAUUAGACUAAAACUUGCAAUCUUGUGCAAAACACUG